AUGUUCGAUGCAGAAGGCCACUUUCUAUCGAAAAUAAAAAGCUCCAGCACAGACUCAGCGGACACGUCUAAGCUGCGCAUCUGGCUGGGAAACACGCCGUAUGUGCACCCUGGCCAAAAGCCCCUGCCCCGCGAGCCUAGAUUUCCAUACACGCGCAUAACGGAGGAGGCUGCUGCCCACCUGCAUGAGCUUUUCCUCGCGUUUAUUCAAAGAAUGAAAAGCGAGAGCCCAAGCACCCCGAUGGCCAGCCUUGUGUACAAAGUUGAGCUGGUGGGCGCGCGCGUUUCUCCAGUAAGCCAUGCCAGCAGGCAGCGCAGCGCGGGGCCUUUGGAUUCGGGCAUACUAGUGAACGAGACAAAAAACACGCUUGCAAUUGCGCACAAAGGCGCUGUGAAAAUAUAUCCCAAAGCGAUGUUUAACUUCAUCAUACAUCUUGGCAGCGAAAAGUACUUUGCUAUAGGCCCCGGGCUUAAGUCUGAAAGAAGAUACUCAAAGUAA